AUGGCAGCCAUUGAUCUGACCCACGUGACCUUUGAGGAUGUGGCAGUGGACUUCACCCAGGAGGAGUGGCUAUUACUGGACCUCACUCAGAGAAACAUAUAUAGAAAUGUGAUGCUGGAGAACUAUCAGAACCUGGUCGCAGUAGAAUAUCAACUGUCAAAACCUAAGCUGAUCGCUUGGUUAGAACAACAAGAGCUGAGGACAGUGGAGAAGGGAGUUUUCCAAGAAUGGGAAACACAACCUCAAACAAAAGGGUCAGCAUCUCACCAGGAUUUUUUUGGAGGAAAAACAGCCACUGAAAUACAAAAAGAAAGGACCUACCAUGGAGCAGAACUCUCUGACUGUGAGCAAGGUGGAAACGUCUUGAGUAAAUAUUUAAACCUUAAGACCCACAUGAGAACUCAAAAUAGAGGGAACAGUUUUGAGUGUAAUCAGUAUCACAAUGGCCUCCUUAAUCUGCAAAAGAAAAACUCUACUAGAGAGAAACUUUCUGAGUUUAAUCAGUGUGGUAAAGUCUUCAGUCGGACUCCACAUGCAGUGUAUGAGAGAACCAGCGUGGCAGAGAAGACUUUUGAAUGCAAUGACUGUGGGAAAAUGUUCAUUAGUCGUUCACACUUUCAGGCACAUAGGAGAACUCACAAUGGAAGAGAUUUCAAUGAAUGGAAGCAAUUUAUAAAAGCUUCAGUUUUCUCAGCAGGUCAGAAUGAGCAUGUGCAGACACACGCAGCUCAAGAACCCCAUGAAUGUAAACAAUGUGGGAAGUCUUAUGCAGAUUCCAGGUGCCUCAAUAAUCAUAUCAUUCGACUUCACACUGGAAGAAAACCCUUUGAAUGUAGUGAAUGUAGGAAAGCCUUCACUACAGCCUCACGCCUUUAUGUGCAUUUGAGAAUUCACACUGGAGAGAAACCCUAUCGAUGUAAAGAAUGUGGGAAACACUUCCAGUGGCCCUCACUCCUUCGUAAACAUGUGCGUACUCACAGUGGCGAGAAGCCCUAUAAAUGUAAGGAAUGUGGAAAAGCCGUCAGUCGUUCUUCAGUUCUUAAUGAACAUUUGAGAAUUCACACCGGAGAGAAGCCCUAUAAAUGUAAGGAAUGUGGGAAACACUUUGCUUGGCUGUCAGUUCUUCGUAAACAUGUUCAAACUCACAGUGGUGAGAAGCCCUAUAAAUGUAAGGAAUGUGGGAAGGCCCUCAGUAGUUCCUCAAUUCUUAAUGAACAUCUGAGAAUUCACACCGGAGAGAAGCCCUAUAAGUGUAAGGAGUGUGGGAAAGCCUUCACUAAUUCCUCACGACUUAGUGUACAUUUGAGAAUUCACACCGGAGAGAAGCCCUAUAAGUGUAAGGAGUGUGGGAAAGCCUUCACUAAUUCCUCACGACUUAGUGUACAUUUGAGAAUUCACACCGGAGAGAAACCCUAUCAAUGUAAGGAAUGUGGGAAAGCUUUCGUUUGGCCCUCAGUCCUUAAAAAACAUCUACGAACUCACAGUGGAGGGAAGCCCUUUGAAUGUGGUGAAUGUGAGAAAGCCUUCAGUAAUUCCUCAUAUCUAAAUGAACGUUUGAGACCUCAUGGUGGAGAGAAACCCUAUCAAUGUGGUGAAUGUGGGGAAGCCUUUAGGACUUUCUUAUAUUUUAAUAGCCAUUUGAGAAAUCACUCUCGAGAGUAG